GCCCAUUGCCCACUGCCCAAGUACUGCUACGUAGGACAACUCAAUGGUAUCCAGUAUUCAUCCUACAUAUUCAUCCAGUACCUCAGAAUAGCAUGGGAACGAGCCUCGUGGUGCCCUCGGUGCGGAACACAUAACGAGCUAGGCUAAACUUGGCAAAUAAAUGAUAUAAAUUUUAAUUUUGAAUUCUCAGGAUCUUACGACACGUGAUCGGACCGCGCUCACGCUGCCGGGUAUGAUGUCAAUGUUCCCCCUUGCCUCCGUCCGCCACAACGCCAGUCAGGUUCACCAUGUACCGUAACCUCCUGGCGCAUCUCUCAAGGCCGACGACCUCCCUGCUGCUCGAGACUAUUCAGGCUGCCCUUGCUCAUCAUCUUGCUCAUCUCUCGCCGUUGCCGACACCAUUGGCAGCGACCGCUGUCUCGUCACCGCUCUUUCUUUCGCAUCCACUCACACUUGCCAAGCUCGAUGCGCUCUCGACGGCUUUCCGACAUGCGCUGCAUAUCAAAUUCGACCUGCUUAAACGCGAUGCCGAACAAAGGUCCGCACUGGGCGCCGUCUUCUCGCGAGCCGUGAGAACCCGUCUCGCUUUGUGGAUCGAUGCUCUUAUUAAAGGCCUGCAAGGUGGGCAGCCCAUCAUGAGGCUCGCUUGUUCAACGGGCGUAAUAUUGGGGAUCAAUGAUGUAAAGCUUACAUCCCAGGGAUUUGUCGAGAAUGAAGUCGUGUUGUCAUUAGCCGAGGUUAUGGACCUUUUCAAGCAUGACACGUUCCCUCUUCCCUCCCCGAGCGGUGCCGGAGAAUGGGAGAAAGAGUUUCACCCUCAGGGAGAUGUAGAUUUGUUGUCCAUCGCAUUGAUAUUUUCCUCGCGCUCCCUGCCUCUGAUCUCCGAAGAGAAGCUUAAAGCCCUUCCUUUGGAAAUACUGUCGCAGUUAUUGACGGCCACCAUAUCGACCGCUUUCCUUGCUGGCAAGUUCCUGUCCUCGGCGCCGCAGCCCGAAUCCCCGAUAAUGGCUUCCGUCGCCUCACUCUCAAAAUUAUCCAGUCUCGCACACUCUCUCCUUUUGGACUCGCGGCCAAAAGACGGACUUGUGACCGCCCAAGCCACACUCACGACACUACGUGAGAUAUGUGCCCACGUUGAAUCGGACUAUCGAACAUGUCAACAGGAACCCAAGUCCACAGCACUGCCGUGGUUGAUGCUUAAAACUCUCCUCUUCUCAACAAUUAUGAUUGUUGAAUCUGUGCUAUCUUCUGUCAUCUAUGUGCCCCCGACUUUGACGACAACUUCCAUUGCCCUGACAACUCUCUUCGCGCUCUCCCAUCUAGCGUUUGUAAUACAGCAAUUUGGCGGUAUCACCACCUCUGGAGAUGGAUUCAAGGAGUUGAAAAAGACGGUCUAUCUUGCAUUGGAUAUCGUCGCUAGCCAAGGUGAUGGAGAGGGGGAGAGGUUUGUAUCUGAGCUACGAGACCGCAAUACUAACUCCCAAGAUACAGCAGAGUUUGUCCUUGCGAAGAAGGCCUUUGUGCUGGCAUGUGUCGAACAGCUGGUUCCAGUGCUCAGCGCAGAAUGUAUAGAGCGGGACAUAUGGCCACUCUGCGAGUCUCACCUUUCUGCACCGAGCCAUCGAGAGACGUAUGAAUCAGCACAUUCAGUCGUGCUCGCUGUCUUGAGCAAUAAUAAGGACGCCGUCGAACGCAUGGUGCCAUUCUACACCGAGUGUCUACUUGACAAUUCGGGCAACGGUGGCCUAGACACGCAUCAAUUGUGCUUAGCCUUCUCGACACUCGUCCGGUGCGCGUGUGAGAGUGGUGAUUCUGCGCUAGGAUGGUUUCCGGUUGAUUCUCUUAUCCGUGAGAUCGAGCGAACUCGGACAGAUGAGAAAAAGGCGAAGAAACUGAGACUCGGGUUGAUAUCAUGUGUGUCCGCUGUCCGAGGUGUGCCGAUGCUUGAGAGGAUUUUGGUGGAGGUUAGACGCGUUUUAGGUGGGAGCCAAGGGAAGGGCACCGGACCAUCUGUUAGUGCCAAUGACCUCAUGGAGGAGGUUGAGAAACUGGCAGAGGAGAUUAUUCAUCGUGUGGGAGGCGUCGAUGGUGAGAAGGAGUUUGUUAUCCGAUGGUGGAGUAAACAUAGGGCAACUUUCGCCGUAGAUAGGGAAGACACCGAGUUGGCGCGGUUGUGACUUUGUGUACGGUAUCUGUUAUCAAUAACUAUGAGCCUACCCCGGCUGUUUGCGGCUCCGUCGG